UUUUAGGCAAUCGAUCGAUGUGAUUACCCGCUGAUAACUACACUUGCGCUCAGUUCUACCAGCCAAUGGAGCACGACCACCAUGACCAUUCCGGACUCGAGAAUGCGGAAGAACAAGCCCACUUUGCAAACGUAAUCGCAGCCUUCCGAUAUUAUGCUCGCUACUCCCUUUCUGCGAACAACCGUCGUCGGAAAGACUUUUUUCGGCUCCCGAGCGCUGACCGGGAACUUCUCGCGGCGCUGGGGUACAAAGCAAAACUAGACCGCGUCGACGAGGCGAUCGAGGCGAACGCGGAUUUUCUCGGGCUCAUUGUCGAGGAUCCGGAGAUCUUUGGGCAGGCUGGGGAGGGCGAGGAGUAUGCGGAGCCGCGUGCGGAAGGACAUUCGCACUUGCAUGGGCAUUCCUAUAACCAUGAACACGGCGCCGGCUCAGCGGAGCCGUACACACCCACGGACUUCGAUAUGGACAAACUACGGAGCACGUUGAAGCAAUUUGUGCGGGAUUGGAGCGAAGAGGGGAUCGUGGAGCGCGAUGCAUGCUACCAGCCGAUCAAGGACGCACUUUUACGGCACUACGCGAGUGUGUCUGAGAUGGAGCGACGAAAGCUACGAGUGUUAGUUCCCGGUAGCGGUCUAGGUCGACUUGCGCACGACGUUGCCUCUCUGGGCUUCGCAUGUCAGGGCAAUGAGUUCUCUCAAUUCAUGCUUCUGGCCUCUCAUUGCAUCCUGAAUCGAACGAAUGAGAUCAAUGAGCACACGAUCUAUCCUUACGUGCAUUCUUUCUCGAAUAUCGACACAACAGAAUCGAUGCUGCGAGCAGUGACUAUCCCGGACGUCCUCCCGUCGAGCAUUCCACGAGGAGUCGACUUUUCGCUUGUGGCAGGCACGCUGCCUACUUGCUUACCUCCCGAUGAGCCUCAAGCCGGGCAGUGGGAUGCCAUUCUUACUUGUUUCUUCAUUGACACGGCGAAGAACGUUGUGAACUAUCUGCGCAUCAUUCACAAAAUCCUAGCUCCCGGCGGUGUUUGGAUCAAUUUAGGUCCUCUCUUAUGGCACUGGGAAAACAACAGCACGAAUGACCCGUCUAUCGAGCUCACACUCGAAGAAGUUAAGGAACUCGCUCGCGCGAUUGGUUUCGACAUUUCCUUUUGCGGCGCUGAGAACGAGCGCACGAUCGAUACGACGUAUACGAACAAUGCGCGUGGGAUGCUCGGCUACGUCUAUCAUGCGGCAUUUUGGACUGCGACAAAACGCCCUGUUUGA